AUGGCAGACAUCAACCGCCUUCAAACCAACGAUCUUGAAAUCGGUGUCACCGACGCUGUCGUCGGCCAUGUCAGUCGCCAAGUCGUACAGAGAAAACCCGUCUCGCAGCGCACCCUCGACCUGGAACAUGCUCGGCCGCGCUGGCUUCGGGAGUGCAUGGCAGAAGCCACAGGCACGUUCUUCUACGUCUUCCCCGGCAUAGCCUCGAUUGCCUCCUUCACGCUGAACCUCGAGAACCCCCUCGGAGUCACGGCCUUUGGCAGUAUCUUCCAGAUCGGCUGGGCUUUUGCGGUUGGCAUCGCUUUUGCUAUCAUCACUUGCGCACCGACGAGCGGUGGACACUUCAAUCCGGCUAUCACCAUUGCUCUGGCCCUUUGGCAAGGAUUUCCAUGGAAGAAGGUGCCAUACUACAUUUUCAGCCAGAUAUUUGGUGCCUUUGUGGCAGGUUGUGUCCUGAUGGGCAUGUAUUGGCCUGAAAUCCAAGCCGCCAACGAGCAGUUCCUGGCAGCUGGAAAACCACUCGUCGCUAAUGGAGCACCGGCAUCCAUCCUGUGCUCUUUUCCAAACCCAAACCAAACCAACUUAGGUUGGGUCUUCAUGACUGAGUUCUUUGUUGACUCCUUCAUUGGCAUCAUAAUCUGGAGCUGCUUAGAUCCAGCAAAUCCUUUCGUGUCACCAUACGCGGCACCCUUCAUCAUUGGUCUCGCCUACGGAAACAUGGUGUGGGGCUUCGCGGAUAUCACCAUCUCCACCAACCUCGCAAGAGACCUGGGGACGAGGAUCGUCGCUUUGAUCUUCUACGGCCCGGAAGCGUUCACAUACAUGGGAUACGCCCCAAUCGCUAUUCUUGUCAAUAUCCCCGCGACCCUGUUUGCCACCGCCUACUACGAGCUUCUGUUGAGGGACUCGUUCCUUACUAUCGGCAAAGGGCAUGCUCAACACCGUGAGGGCGACGAGGGCCUGUGGAGGCACAUAUCGAAGACUGGUGUACUCAAGGAGGAUGAUCUGCGUCAGGUGACCAGCAAUGGUGAUGCUAAAACGACCAGAUUUGAGCACAUGGAGAAGUAA